UGUGAUGUUGUGUUUGUUACCUCAUUAUGUCGUGUGUAACGUUGGGACCUAAAAGAGAAGAGUAGUCGAACCUAGUCCUUCUCUCGUGUUGGAAAUUCCCUGUUUAAUCUAACGACUUCACUCACACGAUACGCUCUUUGAUCCUUCCUUCCUUCCUUCUUUGCAAGAGAGAGAGUUUGGUUCAUCGCCUGCAAGAAGCGUGUGGCACUGGCAUUCCUUCCCGGAGAAGAUGACCAUCGACUUAGAUUCCAUCGCUCGCAAAAUCGACGUUGAUAAUUUCAUUCCCCUCCGCCACUACUAUCGGAUUGCCGAUAACCUCCUCAAGCAGGCAAGUAUCUACAGGGAGGAGAAUAACGUAGUUGACUUGUACAUUAUACUCGUUAGAUUUUUAAGUUUGGUUUCUGAAACUAUACCGUAUCAUCGAGAUUAUCAUGCUUCGCUGCCCAAUGAAAGAGCAGCUUAUAAUAAGAGAUCACGACCUGUAUUGGAUGAGCUUGAAUCUUUGAAGCCCGAGUUUAAACGCCGGGUGGAAAAAUUAAAAUACUUGCAUGGAAAAGCUUCAUUGCCCAAGGAAAAUGGCUUUAAUAAGGCUUUACAGAGUUCUGUAAAUUCAUCUUUGGAGUGGCCGGUUGUCAAUAAAAGUAAUAACUUGAGUGUGGAUUUUAAACAGCCUUCUGGUUUCGGUUCACACUCUUCAUGGAAUUAUAAUAGUAUGUCAUCAUCAGAUUCCAUGCCUAUUGAUAAGCAGUUUCAGAAACUAUCUCUUAGUCUACCUGCUCCAAAUAAGGAGACUUUGUCCAGACACUCAUUUUUAGGACCAAAUGGCCUUCGGGGCCAAUGGCUUGGACCUAGUGCAGAAAUAAAGGUUCAAUAUCCAAGCAGUGAUCUCGCACACAUGAUUGAUUCAAGCCUGAAUCCAACUGGGCUGUAUGACAUUGUGGCAAUUAAAGAUGUCGAUCAAGGACCAGCUACAUCCACCAUGGACGCAGUUCUCUCCUUGGAUGAUGGAAGAUGGUUGCAUCCUUCUGUUGAGUCUGGUUCUUCUGUCGUAACAGAAUCAAGGGAAGACCCCUUACAAUCGCUCAACAUCAAGCAACCUUUGCCACCUCCUGUUCUUGCACAGGUGCACCCACAAUGUGCCCAUAUUCCUCCUUCAAAAGUUGCAGAUCCAAGACCGGGACCUGCUAAAUCUUCUCAUGAUUCUGAACUUGGUCCAACAACAUAUCAACACCUACAUAUUCCUGUCAAAAUGAUGCAAGAUUUUUUGAGAUUAGCUUCACAGAACACACGGAAGAACUUAGAGACGUGUGGUGUUCUUGCAGGGUCCUUGAAAAACAGGGUAUUUCAUAUCACGACACUUAUAAUCCCAAAGCAGGAAUCGACCUCAGACUCGUGUUCAACUUUGAACGAAGAAGAAAUAUUUGAAGUUCAAGACAGCUUAUCACUCUUUCCUUUAGGUUGGAUACAUACACAUCCAUCACAAACUUGUUUCAUGUCUUCAGUGGAUCUACACACUCAUUACUCAUACCAGAUCAUGUUACCAGAGGCAAUUGCUAUUGUCAUGGCCCCUACAGAUACUACUAGUCCACAUGGCAUAUUUCAUCUAUCUGAUCCAGGUGGUGUUUCUGUAAUUCGUAACUGUCAACAACGUGGAUUUCAUCCCCACGAAGAGCCUUCGGAUGGAAGUCCAAUAUAUGAGCAUUGCUCUCAUGUCUAUAUGAACGCUAACUUGAGGUUCGAUGUUGUUGACCUUCGAGAGCGAUGAUUGAUUGAGAGUGAUGAAUGUCUGUAGACAGGUUACAAGAAUGGUGAUUUACUGGAUCUUUUCUAUCAGAUCGCAAUGGUAUGGGUGGAUUCUUUUGUAUUUAUGAAUUGAGAAGAAAAUUAUUAAUCGCCAAUCCCUCCAUUUUGUAUUAUAUCUGUGAACUUGUGUAUAUGUUACUUUAUACCAGGUGAAGGAAAUUAGAAAUGUAACUAAA